AUGAUUCUUGCACCAAAAUAUGUACUUACACGCCAUUUUUGGACAACUCCAAAAUAUAAACAAUUUCUAUCAAGUAAUUUAAUUUCUAAAUCACAGGCACAUUUUGUACCACUUUUAUCAAAUAUUAAAUUAAAAGAUGAAAUUUCUUUACCUGUUAAACUUUCGGAUAUAAAUGAUAAUAAUAUUUCUAUUUCACAAUUAGAAGAAAUGAAUAAAAUACAAUUGUAUCAUCUUUUACGAUUUUAUCAAAUAUCUCCUUUUAAUGGAAUUACAAAACUUAAAGAAAGAGCUCUUCUUAUUCAUUGUCUUGAUAAUAAAUUAAAAACUGAAAAUAAUAAUAGCAUUGAUACAAUGGAUGAGCGUGAAAUAGUUACACAAUUAUAUUUAAGAAGAAUUAUAUUUGCAAAUGAAGAAAGUAUAGAUAUUUUAAGAGAAAGAUUAAAAGAAUGGUUAAAAUAUUCAGAUAAAUUUUAUAAAAGUGAAAAUGAAAGUUUUUCUCUUUAUGUUCCAGUAUUAAUUCAAGGAAAUCAACAUUAA